AUGAUCAGAACUCUAUUGAGCAGUAGUGCCAGGAGAAGCUUGGUCCGCUACAGUUCUUCAUCGACUUCUGCAUUGGCAUACAAGCAAUUGCACAGACACGCUGCCAGACCACCUUUACCUACUGUUGACACCCCUUCCUGGGAUGCCAACAGUGCCGUCUCCUCGAUUCUUUAUGAGACUCCUGCUCCUUCUCGCCAACCAAGAAAGCAACACGUUUUGAAUUGUUUGGUACAAAACGAACCUGGUGUCUUGUCCAGAAUCUCAGGUACUUUAGCCGCUAGAGGGUUCAAUAUUGAUUCUUUAGUCGUCUGUAACACCGAGGUGAAGGAUUUGAGUAGAAUGACAAUUGUUUUGCAAGGUCAAGAUGGUGUCAUUGAACAGGCAAGAAGACAAAUUGAAGACUUGGUUCCCGUUUAUGCUGUCUUGAACUAUACAAACUCUGAAAUUAUUAAGAGAGAGUUAGUGAUGGCCCGUAUAUCCUUAUUGGGUACCGAAUACUUCGAAGAUUUGCUAUUGCACCAUCAUAAGAAUACCGCCAACGUGGAUCAAACUGAAGAAUUAGUCACUGAGAUCAGAGAAAAGAAGUUCCAUCCUUCCAACUUACCAGCCAGUGAAGUGUUAAGGUUGAAACAUGAACAUUUGAACGAUAUAACUAACUUGGCUACCAAUUUCGGUGGUAGAGUGGUUGAUAUCAGUGAAACCAGCUGUAUUGUUGAAUUGUCCGCUAAACCAACCCGUAUUUCUGCAUUCCUAAAAUUAAUUGAACCAUUCGGUGUUUUAGAAUGUGCUAGAAGUGGUAUGAUGGCUUUGCCAAGAACUCCAUUGAAGACCAGUGCCGAAGAGGCUGAAGAAGCUGAUGAAGGUAAAAUCAGCGACAUUGUUGAUAUUUCCCAAUUACCACCUGGUUAA